AUGGAUUUCGACAGCCGCGUCGAAACUUGCAACAUAGAUAGGGCUCUAGAGUGGGGAGCCGCGUUCGACAAGGAACGAAACACAACGCUGCAACAAUGGCUGUCUGGCUACCGCAACCAUCAGCCAUGUGAGGUCCUAGCAACAUACCAUGGUUCUUUUAACUGGAGUUGUAGCGUUCGUUUCAAUGACGGCAUCACUUGGCUGGUGCGAUUCGCCGUACCGGGAAAGGUAAUGGACGGAGACGCCAAGGUGGCUCGAGAAGUGGCAACCAUGUGCUAUGUCAAGUCACACACAACCAUUCCCGUCCCUACCAUUCACCACUGGGGCCUUUCUAAGGACAAUCCGUCGGGCCUAGGCGCCUUUAUUAUCAUGGAUUUCAUCGCAGGCAUGUCUCUCCGUGAUAUACUAACAGACGAAACCGAUCCCGACUCGAAGAUACUGAAAUCUGACUUCCCCGACGAAAAAUUACGCAUUCUCUAUCAGCAAAUCGCCGACUUUCACCUGCAAUUAUACGAGUUAGACUUUUCUUCUAUUGGCGCGCUAUUAAUCAAAGACGACGGGAGAAUCGCGGUAAACGCCAGACCGUUAACCCUUAAGAUGCAGGAAAUCGAGGCCCAUAGCGGAGUGAAAAUCGCGGCUUGUGAAAAACAGUUCUCUUCAGCUACAGACUACUUUAAUUACGUUGCCCAACAGGAUCUUCAGCACUUGUAUGGGCAAGCUAACUCAGUCGACGACGCUGCUGAUGCAGAAGCCAAGCUUGUCUUUCGCCAUCAGCUUAUUGCGAGCAUUCCCCAGUUCGUCCGCCGUGAUUACGAUCUCGGCCCAUUUAAGCUGGCAUGCGAUGACAUGCGUUACGGAAACAUGCUGGUCAAUAAUCCGCAGGAUUUGAACAUCGUUGCUGUGAUUGACUGGGAAUGGUCGAACAUAGUGCCUGCCCAGUUGUCCCAGUCGCCGCCGCAAUGGCUUAUGAUUCGGAAACCAGCCAAUUGGUCUAGUUGCGAUGGCGACGAGUUCGAUCGAUACAAUCACCUGCUCAAUCUUUACCUCGAUGAGAUGAAGAAGCUGGAGUUAAGCAUGAACACAAACACAGAGGACAGCUUGUCACUCCUCAUGCGUCAAUCGAUGUCAGACGGCAAGUUCUGGUUCCAUGCGCUCAUUGAGUCAUGCUACGACGGCGACUACUCCCCUCCUUGGAAAGCCCUUCGGAAGUUGAUCCCAAAUGUAGAUAAGCUUGGCUAUCUUCCCGAAUCGCACAGGCGGGCUUUUGUCGCUAAGAAGCUUGAAGAUUUAGCUACGUACACCACUUCGUGGGAGGUAAUGCAGGCUAAGAGGGAGACUGAGAACAAGCGGAAGGAGCGAGAGUUGGAUGACGCCAUCCGCAGGGUCUUGGCAGAGGAACCCGACAAUGUCUCCGCUCUGAAACUGGCUAGUCAGAGGGCUAUUAUCAUAUAA